AUGUACAGUACACAAGGGUUUAUUACAACUAUUUUGCUAUUGGGUUAAUAAUUAGGAGAAAAAACACUUGUUUCAUAGGAAAAUAAUAAAUGACAGGAUCAAAUGAUGUGGCCUAAAGUGAAGUGGAGUUUCUGUAACCUGAAGACUUUCUCAUACUUUUUAUGAGUUAUUAUUAGAGAAACUACAGCUUGUUAGAAUUAGUGCAUUAAUAGAAACCUUGUCACUGGAACUGGAGCUGAUGUUAUAGAAAAUUAAUCAACAUCUUCUGACAGCACAGAGCUGACCAUUCAAAAAUACUGUGGUGUAAAACAGUUUAUUUCCUUACAAACUUAAGUUGCUAAAAAAAAAAAGGAAAAAUAAUGUAAUGAUGUUACUUCUUGCUAUAAAUGUAAUUCAAUGAAAGGCUUCACUACUUGUAUCAUAUAUGCAGAUUAUUUAGGCUCCAGCUUGCCUGUGACCCUGUAGAACAGGAUAAAGCAGCUAGAGAUGAUGAGAUGAGAUGAGAUUGAAUCAUAUACACAAUUUAAUGAAAGUUAAAUUACUGCCUUAAUCUUUUUUAUCUUUCUUUUUUGCAGGCAUUACUUUACACACAUAAAUGCACUCUGUGAUCGCAUACAGGCUUAUGGGGCAAUUGACUGUGCGGAUGUGCAUAUGUGUGAGUCAGUGAAACAGGGGUCAGUAUCAGGGGGCUUGGUUACAUUGGUGACCAUAAAUAUUUUACUCUCUUCUCAGCUUUCUCUUUGUUCAUGAAGUUACCUGCUGCCAAACACUCUAACAAACAUGUGAAAUAAAAUGGGAGGAUAAAGAGUUCAGUGCUUUUGAGGAGUCAGGUCCAUAGACAUUGAGUUUACUACAUUAAUAAGCAUGCAUAGGGAGAAAGUGUACUCAGUUGCAUGUGAAGUAGGAGUGGACGACUACCAAAAACAUAUUUAUGGCAAAAGUUGAGCAUGGGAAAAAAUAAAGACAGACCUGAGUGAUACUGAAUUACCAAGUAUAUGAAACUACAGAGUGAAGAAAAGCUGACAGAAGGUACUGGAAAAUUUUUUUUUUUUUUUUUUGUGUGUGUGUGUGUGUGUGUGUGUGUGUGUUUAAAUAUUAACUUUAGCCCAACUGUACAAUCUUUUACUAUGAUUUUACUUCGUCCUGUAUUCUCACUAAUUAGAGUCCAUAGUCUUAUAGUUUUACUAAGUGCAAUGUCCUGUGUGUCAGUCUUGAGUGUGAACUCAUUAUGGAAGGAAGGAUGUCACAUUUCAACAGAGCCUCAAAACACAAAUGUGAUGGAAAAGAAAGAAAUGAAAGAACAGCACAGAGACAAAAGAGAAAAGGAGCUAAAAAUAUCAGUAUUGCCAGUUGUUCAACAGAGGCUGGUGAGAGGCUUCCUCUUAUUGGCUCUUUAAAAACCAGGGCAACGGAGAAAUCAAUCAUCACCAUUCAGGCUGGGAAAAGAAAGCAUGCUCAGUCUCUCAUCUCUACUGCCCUUCAGAACAACUUCAUGGCACCCUGGGAAGGUUCCUCCAACUCUGAGUCCUCUUUUAUCAGCAUUCUUUCCCCUCCAUCUCCUCGACCACCUCCACCGAUCAUGUCAUCUGAGAUUUUUCCAAAUCCACCACAGGCUAUUCGAGACACACACUCCGAGAGUGAACAAAGUGUUCAUGUGAAGCGACGACUCCUCCCUUUGAGAAGACCCUCUAGACCCCAGCGCUUUCCUCCAUUACGCCAAGUUACCAAUCUCAGUUUUUCACGAAACUUCACAUUCUCGUUUUUUGAGCUGCCAUGGCAUCAGUCAGUGCAAAAUCGAGCAAAUCAACUCAAAGAGAUUGUUGUGCUGCUGAGGAAGAUCCAGUACUGACUGAACUGCAUCCCUUUAUUAUUACUAACAUAAAAAAUGGUCAGAGUCGGCACAAUUGUUUAUAUUUAUGUAAUUAGCCGAGCUGACCAGUCACUUUGCUUAAAUGAGUUUGAUUGAAUGAGUUUUUAAGCUCGGUAAUUUAAAAACAAGUGUCAAAUUGAAUCAAACAGUAAUAUUAAUAGGAAUAUUUAAUAGGGCAUUUUUC